CAUUUGAGUUCAGAGAGAGCAACAUCUCUGGGAUUAGACUUAACAGUACGGUCUAAACCAUGACACAACCCGUCAUACUUUUAUCUUUAUUAACCUUUUUGGUUGGGGGGGUAUGUAGUUUGCCUUCUCUCAAAAAAUCAACGACAUCAACAGUGUCAUAUAAUUUAACUUACAAUCAGACAUCAGCUGCAAAUGCAAGAGUGAGGGGCAGUAUUAAAAAUAGGACCACCGGCACUUAUGGAAAAAUUGCACCUACAAAAGUAAGUAAACUAUUCAAGAAAAUAAAACCCACCGAGGCGACCAUCAAAGCUCCAAAUCACACGACAGUGAAGCCAUUCAAGACAAUAGAAGGAGCCAGGAAAGUUCCGAAGCCCACUACAUUAAAACCCCCUCAGGUGAGCACGAAACCUUUGAAAAUUACAACUGUGAAGCCCACUGAGGUGAUCACAAGAGCUUUGAGACCGACGACAGUAAAGCCAACAGCCUCAAAAACAACUGCAAAGACCACUGCAGCAAGCUUCAACACAGAGGACGUGAAUGAAACCAUUGAUAAAAACGUGGAAAGGAGAGUUUGGAACACCAAAGAAAAUGAAGAACCUCCAGUACUUGAAUGUCCUCCUUUGGGAAUGGAGUCUCUGAAAGUUAAAAACUCACAGCUUCAGGCUUCUUCUCACAAGCGCAUGGGCCUGGGGCCACACAGGGGUCGACUCAAUAUACAGUCUGGUAUUGAAGAUGGAGAUAUCUAUGAUGGAGCUUGGUGUGCCCUGUACAAAGACAAGAACCAGUGGCUACAGAUAGAUGCUAUGAAGCUCACACGGUUCACAGCAGUCAUACUGCAGGGUCGCAGCUCCAUAUGGAGCUUGGAUUAUGUAGAAACCUUCAAGGUGCUGGUGAGCAAUGACACCAUUAAAUGGAAGUCAUGCAUGAACGGGACAGAGGAGGCGGUGUUUGAGGGGAGCCAGAACAGUGAAACGCCGGUCUUGGCAGUUAUACCCGAGCCAGCAGUGGCACGCUACAUUCGUAUUAACCCUCAGACCUGGUUUAAGAAUGGGACCAUCUGCCUGCGAGCUGAGAUUUUGGGCUGUGAGCUGCCAGAUCCAAACAAUAUCUACCCAUGGCAAACGGAGGAGGGCACUAAGGACAAACUGGACUUUAGACACCAUAACUACAAAGAGAUGAGGAAGCUCAUGAAGUCUGUGAAUGAGAUGUGCCCAGAUAUCACCCGCAUUUACAGCAUUGGAAAAAGUUACAUAGGCCUUAAACUGUAUGUGAUGGAAAUUUCAGACAAUCCAGGAAAACACGAGCUGGGUGAGCCAGAGUUCCGUUAUGUGGCUGGUAUGCAUGGAAAUGAGGUGCUCGGGAGGGAACUGUUGCUGAACCUUAUGCAGUACAUAUGCCAGGAGUACAAAAAUGGGAACCAGCGCAUAAUCCACCUGGUGAAAGAGACACGCAUUCAUCUACUACCCUCUAUGAACCCUGAUGGCUAUGAAAUGGCUUACAAGAAGGGUUCAGAGUUAUCUGGAUGGGCACUAGGUCGUAAUAGUUAUGAAGGCAUUGACAUGAAUCACAACUUUGCAGACCUGAACACAGUGAUGUGGGAUGCCAUCGAGUUGGAGACAGACAAAUCUAAACUCAUCAACCAUUACUUUCCCAUUCCAGAGCAGUACACUUCAGAAGAAGCUUGGGUGGCUUCAGAAACAAGAGCAGUCAUCAGCUGGAUGCAGACCUUCCCAUUUGUUCUCAGUGCUAACCUCCAUGGAGGAGAGCUGGUGGUCACAUACCCAUUUGACAUGACUAAAGACUGGGCCCCUAAAGAGCACACUCCCACUCCAGAUGAGAGCUUCUUCCGCUGGCUGGCCACUGUUUAUGCCAGCACAAAUCACGUGAUGUCCAACCCAGACCGAAGGCCCUGUCACAAUGAGGACUUCCUUCGUUACAAUAACAUAAUCAAUGGAGCGAGCUGGCACACAGUACCAGGCAGUAUGAAUGACUUCAGCUACUUGCACACCAACUGUUUCGAGGUGACAGUGGAGUUGUCCUGUGAUAAGUUCCCUCAUGCUAUUGAGCUGCCUAGAGAGUGGGAGAACAAUAAAGAAUCUCUCCUUAUCUACAUGGAGCAGGUACACAGAGGAAUCAAAGGAGUGAUUAGAGACAAAGACACUGAAUCUGGCAUUGCUGAAGCCAUCAUUAAAGUGGAUGAUAUCGACCACCAUAUCAGAUCAGCUUAUGAUGGGGACUAUUGGCGUCUGUUAAACCCAGGUGACUAUGACGUCACAGUGACUGCGGAGGGAUAUAACCCAGUUACUCGAAGCUGCAGGGUCGAGUACGAGCAUUACCCCACCAUCUGUGAUUUCACUCUCACCAAGACGCCAAAACAGCGUUUGCGAGAGAUCCUAGCCAAGGGCGGCAAAAUCCCCAAAGAUCUGCAGCUCCGACUGCGCCAACUGCGCAUACGCAAACUGCGUGCCAGCACUAAACUUAUUAAUCAACGGAGGGUGUCACAGCAACGCAAGGCCAGGGGAGCUAGCCGCUAGAUUGAUCUUCAACCUCUGACCUGUUUUGCUGGCCAAGUACAGGAUUAAACUGAAUCAAUAUCACAGGAAAAUGCAAUGUAGAAGGGCUAUAAAUUGGUCGCCCUUUCCUGUGUUAACAUAUAUUAUCCAUUGUAAAUUUCACACCAAAUUAUAUUCAAAUACUGUUUUUAUACUUUAUACUAAGCACUACAACUACAUGUUUUGAUAAAAACUGUUAAUUAAAAUAAUUGAGAGUG